CUUAUGUUUUAUCAUUAUACGUAAAAGAGACCUAGGAAUGAAUAUAGCAAGCUAAAACAAGCUGUAACGCAACAUCAAUAAUAUAAAUUGAUCAUUGUCAGCGCCACUUUUCAUCCGUUAAAGUGAUUGGUCACCUCUAUGGCACUCUGUUUGCCGCAAUUAUAUUUACUUAACAACCAUAUAUAUUCAUUAUAUAUCUUUCCUUAGAAUGUAUUUUUUGUUUCCUUCAAUUUCAAUUCUCCACUGAAGACACAACUGAUCAGCCUUCAGGUAUGAACAAGGAGAAAUCAACUCUUCUCUGGUGUUAUAAAACACCCAAUAAACUUUUUACUGUAAAUUUGGAGGACAAUCCUCUGGAAUCAAUCAGAAAUUAUGUUUCGAAUAAAUUAGAUAUUCAAACAAAUUAUGAAUUAGUUACCAUUGGAGGAGCUUAUUCUAAAUUUAUGCCUAUAAAAUCGGUUUUAUCGCACACGUUGUUGGAUAGCAUUAUAUUGGUACUACCAAAGAAGAGUAUUAAUCUAACAAUAUGGAGGAAACAAGAGGAAAUAUGUAGCUUAAAUAUUCAAUUAAUGCAAACCGUUUAUCACUUGAAGAAAAAGCUAAGUGACUUAAAAGGUUGGCCGGUCAACUUGAUUGAUUUUACAUUUAAAGGUGAUAUCCUUGAAAAUUCAACUCAAUUGGCUAAUUUACAACUGGACGGAAAAAUUCAAUUGAUUCUUCAACCUUCCCCUCCAUUUAUCAUUAUUGUUGAAACAUUCUGGGGUGAUACCUACCAAACGGAAGCGAAUAGAUGUAGUACAGCUAAUGAGAUUAUUCAAUCAAUUAUCAUUCAGACAUUGUCUGAAAGCGUAAGGUUCGACUAUAAAAACUUUCUUCCGCCUAUUGAAUCGUACGUACACCUUAUUAUGCUCAAAUUGAAUGGAACUCUAUUAAAGGGUAACGAAUGCUUAAAUAAGUAUAAUUUAAAACCUGGCGAUAUCGUUAAAAUAGUCACAACCGGUUUAGAAAGAAUGGAGGAAAUUAUCGAUAUUCAUAUUGUAUUAUCAAAGGGAACAGUCCUCGAAAUGGUAUCUGCAAGGUAUGAUACUUGGUUUAUUAUAGCAUUAAAAUUACAUUUUCUCCUGGGCAUUUCUAUUGACAAGAUAACGAUUGCCUUAAAUCAUGGUCAUGUUAAAUUACAUCAACCUUUAUUAGACUCUGAAGAUUAUGAUGAGAAAGCAAUAAUUACCGCCAAUGUCUAUACUAAUAAUAAACCUAAGGGACAAUCUAACGAUUGUCUUAAACUAUCCGUGAAAGCUCCAUCUGGCGUUGUUCAUCAGUUUUCUCUAAAUAUUAGAAGUAAAAUUAAAGACGUUAAAAGGAUACUCAGACAAGAGAAACUAUUAGAAGAGAUUAAAUAUAUGAAUAUUCUUCAUAAUAAUCAAAUUCUAUCCUCGAAUUUCCGUAUUAUCGAAUUAAGGCAAAAUGAGAUCAUCCAUCUAGAAUUGCAAUUAAAAACUAUAUCACUUAAUAUUAAAAGUAAAGGAAACUUAGAUAUUCAAUUAACUAUUCCAAUAAAAACAAGUUUAGCUCAACUAAUUGAAAAGAUUAAACCGAAUACGGGAAAUCUUGGAAUUAUUCACGCGGGAAAAUAUCUUGAAGAGAACGAAGAAAAUAAUCUUGUCCAUCAUGGGCUUUAUAUAAAUAGUUCAAUUUGGUUGAGUACAAUUGAAAAUGAAAAUAUAUUAUAUUUAGCAACAUCUACUGCAAUUGUUCCCUUAGUUAUAAGAUCAGAGGGAAUAGAUGGAUUACAAAUUCAGCAGCUACAAUUGUCAGUGGGUAGUAGAAUAUCAUUGCAAUUGUUCGCUAAUUGGAGGUAUAAAAGAGAAUCUAAGACUCGUGUAAGAAGACACGUUGUGUCAAGAUUGUGUAGAAAUAGUCCUCAACCGUCGAGGACUCCUAUGAAAGAUUAUUCGAGAAUAUUAUCGUCAAGACAAUCGGCUAGAACUACUAGAUUUGCCGGAUUAUCGGCAAGGCCCAGUUUAAGCAGACAAAGUACGGGUGUUAAAUCGAUACAGGAGAAUAAUUGGACAAUGAUGACUCCUCUUGAGUAUAGGAAUUUAAGACAGCAAAAACUUUUCAAGAAUCAGUUUUACGAACAAUUAGCUCAAGAGCAAAGAAUGAAAGAUUGGAAGAACAGUCCAUGGUCUAGUAUUGAAUUGAGACAACUAGUAAGAUCCCCUCAAAUAAGUAUUGUUAGGGAUACUUUUAAGAGUGAUAAAUUAAUAAUUUCAGAAUAGUAUCUUAUUAAUAUUUUAAAACAAUAAUAAACUUAAUUAAAACAAACUCAAUCUCUUAAUUAACUCUACCAAAAUGUUAAUCAACUAGAAUCAUCGGUUGUUGAAUAAUGUUUCUUUUUUCUCUUACACUUCUCAUCUUCCUUUUUAAUCAUUUUCUUUUUCUUUUUCUUCUUCUUAAGCAAUGUUGUUGUUGUUG